AUGGGUGAUGAAAAGGAUUCCUGGAAAGUGAAGACUUUAGAUGAAAUUCUCCAGGAGAAGAAGCGAAGGAAGGAGCAAGAGGAGAAGGCAGAGAUAAAACGUAUGAAAAAUUCAGAUGACAGGGAUUCCAAGCGGGAUUCUCUUGAAGAGGGGGAGCUGAGAGAUCACCGCAUGGAAAUCACCAUCAGGAACUCACCCUACAGGAGGGAAGACUCAAUGGAAGACAGGGGGGAAGAAGAUGAUUCCUUGGCUAUAAAACCACCACAGCAAAUGUCUCGGAAGGAGAAAACUCACCAUAGGAAGGAUGAGAAGAGGAAAGAGAAGCGCAGACACCGCAGCCAUUCCACAGAAGGUGCUUGGAAACAUGCCAGAGUGAAAGAGAAAGAACGGGAACAUGAGCGUAGGAAGAGGCAUAGAGAAGAGCAGGAUAAAGCUCGUCGUGAAUGGGAGAGGCAGAAACGGAGAGAGAUGGCAAGGGAGCAUUCCAGGAGGGAGAGGGAUCGCCUGGAGCAGCUGGAGAGGGAGAGGGAGAGGAAAAUCCGAGAGCAGCAGAAGGAACAACGGGAGCAGAAGGAGAGAGAGAGGAGAGCUGAGGAGAGGAGGAAGGAGAGGGAAGCCAGGAGAGAAGUUUCUGCACACCAUAGAACAGUGAGGGAAGAAUAUGGAGACAAAGUAAAAAUGAGACCCUGGAGUCGCAGCCCUUUACGCCAGCAGAGAGAGAAGCUUGAGCAAGGAGAGAGCAGGAAACCAGGUAGCACCUGCCACUCUACACUGUCUUUGCCUGGGGCUAUGAAAGAAGAGAAGCCAGAAGAGAGAGAUCCUCUUUCAGACUUGCAGGACAUCAGUGACAGCGAGAGAAAAACCAGCUCAGCAGAGUCUUCAUCAGAAUCUGGAUCAGGCUCAGAAGAGGAGGAGGAAGAGUCGAGCAGUGAAGGCUCUGAGGAGGAGGGAGAGGAGGAGGAGGAGGAGGAGGAGACAGGAAGCAAUUCUGAGGAGGUGUCUGAGCAGUCAGCAGAGGAGGUGAGCGAGGAGGAGAUGAGCGAAGAGGAGGAACGGGAGAAUGGAAACCACAUCCCAGUUGUUCCAGAGUCGAGGUUCGACCGCGAUUCCGCCGGGAGUGAGGUGGAGGAGGAGGAGGUGGGAGAGGGUUCCCCUCAUUCCAAUGCCAUGACAGAAGGAGACUAUAUUCCUGACUCCCCAGCUUCCUCUCCCAUUGAACUGAAACAGGAGCUUCCCAAGUACCUUCCUGCACUCCAGGGAUGUCGCAGCGUGGAGGAAUUUCAGUGCUUGAACAGGAUUGAGGAAGGAACAUAUGGUGUGGUGUACAGAGCAAAGGACAAGAAGACUGAUGAAAUUGUGGCUCUGAAGAGACUGAAGAUGGAGAAGGAAAAGGAAGGUUUUCCAAUCACUUCUCUGAGGGAAAUAAAUACUAUUCUGAAGGCACAGCAUCUAAAUAUUGUCACUGUCAGAGAAAUCGUUGUGGGCAGCAAUAUGGAUAAAAUCUAUAUUGUGAUGAACUAUGUAGAACAUGACCUCAAGAGCCUGAUGGAAACAAUGAAACAGCCAUUCCUGCCAGGCGAGGUGAAAACCUUGAUGAUCCAGUUACUGCGAGGGGUCAAACACCUCCACGACAACUGGAUCCUGCACAGAGACUUGAAAACUUCCAACCUGCUGCUCAGCCAUUCAGGCAUUUUAAAGGUUGGAGAUUUUGGACUAGCCAGGGAGUAUGGCUCUCCCCUGAAGCCUUACACACCUGUGGUGGUGACACUGUGGUACAGAGCUCCAGAGCUGUUGCUUGGAGCUAAGGAAUACUCCACAGCCAUAGACAUGUGGUCUGUGGGCUGCAUCUUUGGGGAGCUGCUGACACAGAAACCACUGUUCCCAGGGAAGUCAGAAGUUGACCAGAUAAACAAAGUCUUUAAGGAUCUAGGCACUCCCAGUGAAAAGAUCUGGCCUGGGUACAGUGAGCUGCCAGCAGUGAAGAAAAUGACCUUCACAGAGUAUCCCUACAACAACCUGCGCAAGAGAUUCGGAGCUUUGCUCUCUGACCAGGGCUUUGACCUCAUGAACAACUUUCUGACCUACUACCCAGCCAGGAGGAUCACAGCUGAGGAUGGCUUGAAGCAUGAGUACUUCCAGGAGACUCCUCUGCCCAUCGACCCCUCCAUGUUCCCCACGUGGCCAGCCAAGAGUGAGCAGCAGAGGGUGAAGAGGGGCACGAGCCCACGGCCCCCCGAGGGAGGGCUGGGCUACAGCCAACUGGGAGAUGAUGACCUGAAGGACACAGGAUUUCAUCUGACCACCACAAACCAAGGAGCAUCUGCUGCAGGACCUGGAUUCAGCCUCAAGUUCUAAACUCAACAUGAAAGAAGGGGAAAAAUCCCACAGAGGAAAAGAAGCCCCAUCCAUGUGAGUGGAUCUGAGUGCUCAGGGCUGUUCUGCCUGUCAGGGGCAGGAGAUGUUGUUCACAGGCAAAGACUCAAACAUCCUCACAGAUUCCAAGGCUCUUGUUUUGCAAAUCAAUGUGGAGUAUAACUGCUGCAUUCCAUUAGAGGACUGGAGGAACCUGCAAACCCCAGGAUCUCCACAGACUGGGACAAAGGACAGCUGGAAAUGCUGUCCUGAGGCAGGUCCUGGUUUAUUUUUAGGGGUUUUUUUGUUUUAUUUUUGUUGGGUUUGUUUUGGUUUGUUUU